AUAUGCCUCCUAUAAGACGAAGCAAUUUAGGUAGAAGAACCAGAAAUGCUACAAACCAAGCUAAUUACCGAUCUAAUUCACAAACGCGUGAAGCGCGAGCAAGUUUGAAUCGAGCUGCUUUUAGUUACGAUGUGUCAAUUGACUACAGUAACUACCAAUGUGUUGUUAUUGGUUCUAUGAACUCGGUUUGCUCACACUGUAAGGCAUUAAAAUACAAAAACGAAGCCAAUGGAUUGUGUUGCGCAAAUGGUAAAGUGAAAUUGAUACCAUUGGAUCCACCACCAGAACCAUUGUACUCAUUGGUUUCAGGAAUAGGAACAGAUUCUAUACACUUUUUGACAAAUAUCCAACAAUAUAACAAUUGCUUUCAAAUGACUUCAUUUGGGGCAACAAAUGUAGUUCGGGAAAAUUUUAUGCCAACUUUCAAGAUACAAGGGCAAAUAUAUCACAGAGCAGGUUCACUGUUACCAGUGUCAGAUAGCGACAACAAAUUCCUGCAAAUUUAUUUUAUGGGCAAUUCACCACAAGAAAUUGAUCUGCGUUGUGCACAUAACAAUUUAGUAAAGAGGUCUAUUGUAGAACAAUUACAAACUUUAUUUCAUCAGCACAAUCAAUUGAUUAUAUUGUUUAAAACUGCCCUGGAUCUGAUGCCAUCCGAUAAUCACAAAAUUGUAAUCAGAGCUGAUAAAACACCUGCAGGUCAACAUACAAGACGUUUUAAUGCACCAACUAUUGAUGAAGUUGCUAUCGUUGUAGUUGGAGAAAACUUGGAAUCCGGUGAUAUUGUUUUACGUCGUCGGAAUGAUCAAUUACAACGUAUAAAGGAAACACACCGCUCAUAUGAUGCACUGCAAUAUCCCAUUAUAUUUUGGCAAGGUGAAGAUGGCUACGAUUUCUCAAUAAAAAUGAUAAAUCCCAUUGCAGGUUCUGAAACCAACAAAAAAGUCAGUUCAAUGAACUAUUAUUCAUACCGCCUAAUGAUUCGGGAAAAUGAAGAUAAUCACAUAUUGAAAUGUCGGCGAUUAUAUCACAAAUAUGUUGUUGACAUGUAUGUUAAAAUUGAAACGGAAAGAUUAACAUUCAUCAGGUUGAAUCAAACCAAACUCCGAUCUGAAGAGUAUAUUCACCUUCGAGAUGCGAUUAAUACUGAUGGAAAUGCACAGAAUGUCGGUCGGAUGACUAUUCUUCCAGCAACAUACAUCGGAAGCCCUCGGCAUAUGCACGAAUAUGCUCAAGAUGCCAUGUCGUAUGUUCGUCAUUAUGGUACAGCAGAUUUGUUCAUCACAUUUACAUGCAAUCCGCAAUGGAUAGAAAUCAAUCAGGAGUUAUUCUCUGGGCAAUCACCCAUUGAUCGUCAUGAUAUUACAGCCAGAGUCUUUAGACAAAAGUUGAAAUCUUUAAUGGAUUUCAUCGUAAAACAUAAUGUGUUUGGUGAGACACGCUGCUGGAUGUAUUCUGUGGAGUGGCAGAAACGAGGAUUGCCACAUGCACACAUUUUGAUUUGGUUGGUUGAAAAUAUAAGGCCAAAUGAAGUUGAUGCAGUGAUAUCAGCUGAAAUCCCUAAUGUACAAGUAGAUCCUGGAUUGCAUGAGGUAGUUAUCAAAAACAUGAUACAUGGUCCCUGUGGAACUCUUAAUCAAAAUUCACCGUGUAUGAUGGAUGGUAAAUGUUCAAAACGAUAUCCACGGACAUUAAUAUCGGAAACAAUUACUGGUAAUGACGGUUAUCCAUUGUAUCGUCGCAGAUCGACAGCAGACAAUGGAAAAUCAACAAUUGUCAAAUUAAAUCAACAAGAUAUUGAAAUAGAUAAUCGUUGGAUUGUUCCAUAUUCACCCAUUUUAUCAAAGACAUUCAAAGCACACAUCAACGUUGAAUCUUGCCAUUCAGUGAAAUCUAUUAAAUACAUUUGCAAAAUAUGUAGCCAAAGGGAGUGA